UCCUCUCCGCCGCACUCUCCUCCCAGCUCUCAUCUCUGCGCGCUCUCCGUCGCCGCGUCAAGGCGUCGGCGCGCGCAGACCCCGAGCGCAGCAGUCGGAAAUCCCUUCCCUACCGUCUCGUCGAUGUCUUCCUCCGCACGUGGGACCUGGGCUUUACGGCCUUUGGCGGUCCGCCGGUGCACUUCCAGAUCUUGCACAGUCGGUUCGUCGAGGGGGAGGGGGGGAAGGAGGAAAUGGGUUGAUGAGCAGACUGUACGGCAGAAAAAGAAAGAUAAUAAUGCU